UAUAUAUGGAGUAUGGUAGCUAGUCACAGUGGGACAAGUUCAGUACCGUAACGGUUAUUGAGAAGAGAACUUGAAAAUCACUAUACGGACUAGAGGCGGAAGAGGACGGACACUUAGACGAGCAAAGAUGGAGGACCCAGUGCAACUUAAAGAUGAAGGAAACAAACACUUCCAGGCAAAUGAGAUUGACAAGGCGAUCGAGUGCUACACCAAGGCUAUCAAGAGCUGCAAAGACAAAAACCAGCUGGCAGUUAUUCACCGGAACAGAUCAGCCUGCUACCUGAAAAAGGAAAAUUAUACUCAUGCCGCCUCAGAUGCUUCUAGAGCAAUUGAUGUGGAUGCCAAAGACAUCAAAGCACUUUUCAGGAGAUGUCAGGCUUACGAGAAGCUCGGCAAGCUUGACAUGGCCUUCAAGGACGUCCAGAGGUGUGCCACCCUUGAGCCCAAGAAUAAGACCUUCCUGGAAACCCUACGGAGGCUGGGAGCAGAGAUCCAGCUAAAGCUGAAGACGACGUUUUCUACAGAUUCCCGAGUGCAGAACAUGUUUGACAUUCUGCUUGAUGAAGAAACGGAAAAAGACAAGAUAGAAAAGGCCGCAAACAACCUGAUAGUGCUGGCAAGAGAAGAUGCAGGAGCAGAGAGAAUCUUCCAGAACAACGGUAUCCCACUGCUGAUGAAGCUGAUCGAAACCGGAAAACCUGAGAUGAUUCUGGCCGCGAUCCGGACCCUGUCAGGAAUGUGUACAGGACACAAAGCCAGGGCUACAGCGAUUAUCCAUAUGGUUGGCAUUCAGAAAUUUUGCAGCAUUAUGGGAACCGACAAUGAGGAUAUCGCUCUGGCGACUUGUAACUUGUUCCAGUGUGUGUACGACUCACUUACUGGAGCGGACAACAGGGCUUAUGGGAAGGAGGAGGCCAUUGUCCUGGAUACAACCAAGGACUUGAAGAACAUCCUGCUGGCGUUCCUAGAAAUGAUAGUGAACAAGAACGUCUCAGGACAUGGUCGGGAUCAGGCCCUUAACCUCCUGAGCAAAAACGUGCCAAGGAAGGACAAGAAAGAUGCAGAUCAUUCGAAGACCCUCUUCACCAUUGACCACGGUUUAAAAAAGAUCCUGAAAGUUUGCGGUCAGGUACCCGAACUGCCAGAUCAGCUGCCUUUGACCGAUAACACGCAGCUGAUUGCCAGCGUUCUCCUCAACAAGCUGUAUGAGGACCUGCGUUGUGACCCUGAGAGGGACAACUUCCGGGAUGUGUGUGACGAGUACAUUAAAGGGAAAUUUGACCCGAAAGAUAUGGACAAGAUCAUCCACGCCAUCAGCGCCCUGUCGGGAGUGCUGCAAGGCCCAUUUGAUGUGGGCAACAUCCUAGUGGGGCGACAGGGCGUCAUGGAGAUGAUGGUUGCACUGUGUGGCUCAGAAAGAGAAGUGGACCAGCUGGUGGCCGUGGAGGCCCUCAUCCACGCCUCCAGCAAGAUGAGCCGCGCCUCCUUCAUCAUCAGCAAUGGAGUCUCCCUACUUAAGGACAUCUACAAGAAGACCAAGAAUGAGAAGAUCAAAAUCCGGUCCCUGGUGGGUCUAUGCAAGUUGGGGUCAGCUGGUGGUGAUGAUUACAGUAUGAGGCAGUUUGCAGAAGGUUCCACAGAGAAACUGGCCAAACAAUGCAGGAAAUGGCUGUGUAACUCCAGCAUUGACGUCCGUACCAGAAAGUGGGCAAUAGAGGGUCUGGCGUAUCUGACGAAUGACGCCGAUGUGAAGGACGACUUUGUUGAAGACGAACCAGCGUUGAGGGCUAUGUUUGAGCUCUCCAAGUCCACAGACAAGACCAUCCUAUAUGCCGUAGCCUGCACACUAGUCAACUGCACCAACAGCUAUGACAAGAAGGAGAUCAUUCCGGAGCUCGUCCAGCUGGCCAAAUUUUCUAAGCAGCAUGUGCCUGAGCAGCAUCCUAAGGACAAGAAGGACUUCAUUGUGAAGCGAGUGAAGCGGUUGUUGAAGGCAGGAGUCAUCUCUGCUCUGACCUGCAUGGUGAAAGCGGACAGCACCAUCCUAACCGACCAGACCAAAGAGAUGCUCGCAAGAGUGUUCCUAUCUCUGGCGGAGGACACUAAAGAUCGCGGCACCAUUGUUGCACAGGGAGGUGGAAAGGCGCUGAUUCCACUGGCCCUGGAAGGAACAGAAGUCGGCACAACGAAAGCUGCUCACGCUCUGGCUAAGAUUGCGGCCAUUUCAAACCCCGAGAUUGCAUUUCCUGGCGAGAGGAUAUAUGAGGUGGUGAGACCCCUGGUGAGCCUUCUUCACGCCGACAAGGACGGCCUGCAGAACUAUGAAGCUCUCAUGAGCCUCACCAACCUAGCAGCACUUAACGACAAGCUGAGAGUGAAAAUCCUAAAGGAAAAGGCUCUUCCGGAGAUUGAGAACCAUAUGUUUGAGGAGCAUGACCAGAUCAGGCAGGCGGCUACAGAGUGCAUGUGCAACCUAGUUGUGUGUAAAGAGGUGCAGGAUAAAUACUUGGAAGAUGGAAAUGACAAGCUAAAGCUUUUGGUGCUGCUGUGUGGCGAGGAUGAAGAGAAGCUUCAGAUAGCAGCAGCCGGGGCUUUGGCCAUGCUGACAGCCGCGCAGAAGAAGAUCUGCACUAAGCUGACUCUCGUGACGGCCCAGUGGAUGGAAAUUCUACAGAGGUUGUGCCUCCAUGACAACCCGGAGAUACAGCACCGAGGCAUCGUCACUGUCUACAACAUAAUGGGCGCCGAUGAUGAACUGGCCAAGAAGCUGGUCGAGAGCGAGAUGCUGGAGAUCCUCACUGUUAUCAGCAAGCAGGAAGACAACCCCACAAGGCAGGCAGUGAUCGACACAGCCCGUACUUGCUUGACGAAGGCCAUGGACCUCGGUCUAAUCAAACCCUUCUCCUCUUAAAUUGCUGAAGAGGGGGGGAUGCAUGAGGACUUAUCGCUUUAAAUCCCCCUCUUUUGCGUGGCAUAGCUGCCAAAACAUGGGAUGCUUUUUUGGAAAAAUGGAAAAAUCAGGAAGCCUUUGAAACCUGAAUACAAAUGCUCGCAGGCCCAAUUUUUCCAAUAUUAAUGUAUGAAAUAGUUUUGACUGAGAGCUACUCUGACUAAUAUAUCUGUAUUAGGUACUUUUUAUACUUAAUGACACUGUUUCAGAUCCAAUGUUUUUUUUUUUAAUACUUUUUACGCCCUGCAUGAAGUUCAUAAUAGUGUAAAAAGCAUUUUCUUUGGCUUUUUGAUGGCAGAUAAAACACCUAAGGUUGUAUUUACAUGUUAUUUGGAACAAGUACGUAAAUCAAGUUUUAUAAAAAUAUUACCAUAUUAUCAAAUAUCUGUUAACGGUCUCCUGCUAAGUGCUGGUAUUUAGACAGCUCAAUAUCACAAGUUUUUAGGUCGAUGUCAUGAACCAGUGAUGAGACAUAUUUUAAUGUAAACUAUAAGUAUUCAGUAUUUUAAAGAGGAAAUAUACAUCAUUUUAUUUAUAAUAUAACCAUUUCAAGGGGUUAAAAUGUUUUAAUCUUAACAAAUUUACCGAAAAUCUCAUCACUGUAAUGCUUGUAUUUAAAAAUGAAUUAAAGGUGAAGUUUUUCACUUAUUACACAAAACCAAAUGUUGAAUCAAAUGUCAUGAAUUUGUUUGUUACAUGUUAAAUAUCAUUACCCAACUCAACAACAAACAAUAAAAAGAUUUUGAAUAAAAAUAA